GUGUUGAGUAAUACAGUCUAAUUUCGGAAUGAAAUCUAUGCUUAAAGUGCUGACAGUGAAGAUGGCCAAGUUUGGCAUACUAGUCCUACUUGUAUUCCUACUCUCUGUUAGCUAUCAACAAGCAUAAACUGGAGAAAUGAUGAAAGAAUUUGAUCCUUAUGAGAUCUUAGAGGUAUCUCAUGAUGCAAAUUUAAAAGCAAUUAAGAACGCUUUCCGUACAAAAGCACUAAAUACUUUGAUUCCUGACAAGCGACCCAAAGAUCCUUAUUUUAAAGAAACUAUCGACUAGCUGCUGAAGCUUAUAUCAUCUUGACUGAUGAAAAUGCCAGAAAGGAUUAUUCCAAACAUGGCAUUCUUAACGAAACUGUUAUUAUCAAAGUAGCUAUCGGGCUUCCUUCUUUCAUGGCCCAAGAGGAGUAUCAAACAAUGUCUCUCUGAAUAUCAUUCCUGUUCAUCUUGGUCUUGAUCCCACUAGGGUUCUUCUACUGGUAUUCUAACUCCUACACCUGCACUGGCACUGGGCUGAAGGAGGAUGACAGAAGAAGGUACGCACAGGUUCUUAAUGAAAUGAUGAGUUUCCAAGAUUUCUUGAAAGUUCAGAAUCUACAACAUAGAGCUGAUCAAGAAAACCCUAUGUUGAAGAGGGAAAGCUGAGAGAGGAAGAGACUGAGAUUUGGUGGAAAUAAAGCAACAUGCGGUAUUAAUGCCCCAGUCUGCUUCGUUUUGUAUAUGAAGGGUAUAAGGAACUGAACUAGGUUAUUCAAGAGGUUCUAAGUCUUUUUUAUAUUUUGUAUCAAAGAUUUGCAUUCCCUUGUCUAAAUUCUCAGAAUAAAGAGUUUAUUAAGAAGAUGUUCUAAAAUAUUUAUACUUGCAUUAGGUGUCUAAGGUAUGU